UCAAUUGUCAUUACAAUACAAAAUUUGUUAGAAAACUUUUUAACUCAACGCUUAAUUACUUCCAGCUUAAUAUAAUUAAAUAUGGCCUUUAUGGGUGAUAUGAUAAGUCCUUCGCCGUUAUGGCAAAACGGGCCAUCCCCCGGUGCUUUCUAUAAUUUCCCUGGAAAUUCAAAUCACGGACCUUUGAGCCACAUUAACCAGGAUUUUAGAGCCCACUCAGCAGCUCCUAUAACUACAACCACUACUGUAAUUGGCAUAAAAUUUGACAAGGGAUGUGUAAUUGCGGCCGAUACCCUUGGAUCUUAUGGCUCUCUCGCCAGAUUCAGAGAUUGUCCUCGCGUAUUAAAGGUCAAUGAUCUUAUACUUCUUGGUUCUGGUGGAGAUUAUGCUGAUUAUCAAUAUUUGAGGGAUAUCAUAGAGCAGAAAAUUAUUGACGAGCAAUGUAUCGGAGAUGGUCUGCAGCUGAAGCCCAAGUCACUGCACUGCUGGCUCACACGAGUCCUCUACAACAAGCGCAGCAAGAUGGAUCCUUUGUGGAGCAAUUAUGUUGUUGCUGGUAUUCAGGAUGGUGAGCCAUUCCUUGGCGCUGUGGACAAAUUAGGUACAGCAUAUGAAGAUGCUGCCAUUGCAACUGGAAUGGGUGCAUACAUGGCAACACCUUUGCUGCGUGAUGUGCUUGACAAGGGGCCUUUGAAUGAAGAAUCUGCUAAAGCAUUAGCACGUAAAUGUAUGGAAGUGUUAUACUAUCGUGAUGCACGCUCAUUCCCGCGCUACCAGCUGGGUGUGGUGACCGCGGCCGGCGUGACUGUGGAAGAGCCCACAGAGAUAGGCCAGAACUGGACCCUCGCACACAUGAUACAUAUGAAGUAAAAAUUUUGGAAUAAAAAUAAAUGA